GUAUUUGACGUGUAAAAAUGUAAACACACAUUUUUUGGUUUGUUGUUGAUACGUUUUUAAAAAUCGUUUGUCGCUGGUUUUUCACGUAUUCUUCGCUAAGCUGUGGAUUUAAUUCAGCGUAGCACCAGCAAAAAUGAGUCGUCGCAGAAAAGACAGUUCCUCCAGCUCGGAGGAUAGCAGCCUGGAUAGCGAAGAGGAAGCCCGACGUCGGGACAUCAAGGAACGGGAUGAGUUUUCGCAACGAUUGAAGAAGAAAGAUGAAGAUCGAACCAGGAAGGUGGUCGAAUCGACUAGCCGGAAGGCCUAUGAGGAGGCCGCCAAACGCCUAAAGUUAGACGCCGAAGACAAGGAACGAUUAAUCCCCAAGUUGAGAAUCCAAUCCCGUCGUCAGUAUCUAGAGAAAAGGAAAGAUGACAAGGUCGCCGAGCUGGAAGCAGACAUUCUGGAUGACGAGUAUCUGUUCAACGAAACGGACAUCACCGAAAAGGAACGCCAAGAUCGUCAGUACAAGCGAAAUCUGCUGCAGAUUGCCAAGGAACAUGAGAAGGCUCGGGAAUUGGAACGGGUUCAACGGUAUCAUAUGCCGAAGGAUAUCAAGAAAGGCGAAAAGGAGGACUAUGUGGAAGUGGACGAACGGGAGAAGAUGCCCAACUCCGAGCAGAAAAAAUGGGAAGCGGAACAGCUGGCAUCAGCGGUCUACAAAUUCGGAUCGAAAGAUGCCAAAUCCAAACAGCAAGAGGAAUAUGAACUGCUGCUGGACGAUCAGAUUGAUUUCGUACAAGCCCUCCGUCUGGAUGGUACAAAAGAUAAAGAUAAAAAACCUCAGGUUACCGAGGCCCAGCGAAUGAAGAUGGACAUAGAAGAGACUAAAAAAUCUCUCCCGGUGUAUCCAUUCAAAGAAGAUCUGAUUGCUGCCAUCAAGGAACAUCAGGUUCUGAUCAUUGAAGGUGAAACGGGUUCUGGUAAAACCACGCAAAUACCUCAAUACCUGUACGAGGCGGGAUUCACCAAUGAUGGCAAAAAGAUUGGUUGCACCCAGCCCAGACGAGUGGCCGCGAUGUCUGUAGCAGCUCGGGUUGCCCAGGAAAUGGGAGUUAAGCUUGGCAAUGAAGUGGGUUACAGUAUUCGAUUCGAGGAUUGCACUUCGGAGCGCACCGUUAUCAAAUAUAUGACAGAUGGUACGUUGCAUCGGGAGUUCCUGUCCGAACCAGAUCUGGGAUCGUACAGCGUGAUGAUCAUCGACGAAGCCCACGAACGUACCCUGCACACAGACAUUCUCUUCGGACUGGUGAAGGAUAUAGCUCGGUUCCGUUUGGAUUUAAAACUACUUAUUUCCAGUGCCACGCUGGAUGCCGAAAAGUUCUCGGAAUUUUUCGAUGAAGCGCCAAUUUUUCGAAUUCCUGGCCGAAGGUUUCCGGUCGACAUCUACUACACGAAAGCUCCUGAAGCUGAUUAUAUUGAUGCAUGUGUGGUUUCCGUUCUGCAAAUCCAUGCCACACAACCUCUCGGUGAUGUUUUAGUAUUUUUAACCGGUCAAGAAGAGAUCGAAGCCUGUCAGGAAAUGCUUCAGGACCGCGUCAAGCGACUGGGUUCUAAAUUGAAGGAACUGAUUAUUUUACCGAUUUAUGCGAAUCUACCAUCGGAUAUGCAGGCCAAAAUUUUCGAACCUACUCCUCCGAACGCCCGCAAAGUUGUGCUGGCUACAAACAUAGCCGAAACUUCGCUAACGAUCGACAACAUUAUCUACGUGAUCGAUCCGGGCUUUGCGAAGCAAAACAACUUCAACUCCCGCACCGGGAUGGAAACGCUGAUGGUGGUUCCGAUUUCGAAGGCUUCGGCAAACCAGCGAGCAGGACGGGCAGGGCGUGUUGCUCCCGGUAAAUGUUUUCGGUUGUAUACGGCGUGGGCUUAUAAAAACGAACUGGAAGAUAACACCGUUCCCGAGAUUCAGCGGAUAAAUUUGGGCAAUGCUGUGCUGAUGUUGAAGGCCCUUGGCAUAAAUGAUCUGUUGCAUUUCGAUUUUCUGGACCCUCCUCCGCAUGAAACUUUGGUCUUGGCACUGGAGCAGUUAUACGCCUUGGGUGCCCUAAAUCAUCACGGUGAACUAACUAAGUUGGGACGACGCAUGGCUGAAUUCCCAGUUGAUCCAAUGAUGGCCAAAAUGUUGCUUGCCAGUGAGAAGUACAAAUGUUCGGAAGAAGUUGUUACAAUUGCUGCGAUGCUCUCUGUCAAUGGAGCUAUCUUUUAUCGGCCAAAGGAUAAGAUAAUUCACGCAGAUACGGCCCGGAAAAACUUCAAUCAUCAGAAUGGAGAUCACUUGAGUUUGAUGCAGGUAUACAAUCAAUGGGCCGAAACGGAUUACAGCACCCAGUGGUGUUACGAAAAUUUCAUCCAAUUCCGUUCGAUGAAGCGAGCCAGAGACGUCCGAGAACAGCUGGCCGGGCUUAUGCAACGGGUUGAAAUAGAUCUCGUUUCGGGGCUACCGGAAACAAUGAACAUAAGGAAAUCGAUCACGGCCGGCUAUUUCUACCACAUCGCCCGGUUGUCCAAGGGUGGAAACUACAAAACCGUAAAGCACAACCAGACUGUGAUGAUUCACCCCAACUCGGCCCUGUUCGAGGAACUGCCCCGAUGGGUCCUGUACCACGAGCUCGUUUUCACCACCAAGGAGUACAUGCGAUCGGUGAUCGACAUCGAAAGCAAGUGGCUGCUGGAGGUUGCACCGCACUACUACAAGCCCAAAGAGCUGGAAGACUCCACCAACAAGAAGAUGCCGAAGACGGUAGGUCGGGCGACGUUGACCGCGUAAGUACUACAUUUUCUUUUCGGAUAUCAGGCAAAUAAUAUUAUUGGAAAGCAAUACAAAGUUUUCAAU